AUGGACAAGCUGCACGAGACCUUGGUGAACAUGGAGGACGCUUUGAGUUCAGAGCACUCCGUCUGCCUAUCGUCCUGGGACUGGAAAAGCGCUGCCGGGGGGUUUGAGCUUCACCCCGUCCCGUCCCCACACAGCUUAUCCCCGACGCCUUCCUUCGAAUCCUACUCUUCAUCGCCUUGCCCGACGGCAGCAGAGACCCCCUACGCAGCAGAGCCCCCCUACGGCAGCGGCGGCAGCCUGGUGGGCUACAGCCUGGUGGACUUCCCCCCGGCGUACCUGCCCAGCCCCGGGCAGGCGCGGCUGCCCAAGGGCACCAAGGUGCGGAUGUCUGCCCAGCGCAGGAGGAAGGCCAGCGAGAGGGAGAAGCUGCGGAUGAGGACCCUGGCCGACGCGCUCCACACGCUGCGCAACUACCUGCCCCCCGUCUACAGCCAGCGGGGACAGCCCCUCACCAAAAUACAGACCCUAAAGUACACCAUCAAGUACAUCGGCGAACUGACGGAGCUCCUCAACAGCGUCAAGCGGGCAUAG